AAAAAGGUGAAGCAUUGCAGCCAGAGAAGCAUUCCUCCUGCCUGAGAUUAUUAGAUCCACUACUAUUUUCGGUGUCGUCCUCUUCUCCGUCGAGCCAGAAAGAAAAGAUCCGAUUUUUACCAGAAAAACCGGCUGCCACGCCAACGCCAGAAUUUUCCAUCCUUGUCGUUGACCUGUCAGAUUGUCGCCAUCCUCACCUGACGAAGAAAGAGAGGUCCUCAUUGUUCCAAAAGUUUUCAGUCGAUUGACCCAACUUUCAAGCCAGCAACGACGGAGUAAGAAGGUGGAAGGCACGUUCUGUUUUUGCGUGAAGUUGUUCAACUUCUCCGAGAAGAAUGGAGGACGUCGCGGUGGAAGUGAGGGGUGAAAAUGGGGCCUAUUAUCAGGCCUAUGUUCGAGAUAUUUUGGACGAUGGACAUGUCGUGGUAUCCUUCGAGAACAACUAUGAUGACUGUGAUCCUGACAGCGUGACAUUGCCGGAGCAACGUCUACCAUUUUCUCGUGUGAGAUUGCCUCCUAAAAGUUGUAGCAAUGGGGGAGGAGGAGUGGGAGGUGCUGCCAGUCCGGUGACCACGUUUACGGCGGAUCAAGAAAUUGAAGUAUUUUCAUCACCUGGCGAGUCUGAAGUUGGAGGAUGGUGGAGAGCUUCGAUCAAAAUGGUUCGACAAGACUUGUACGUUAUCGUGUAUUCUGAAUCGAAAUCAACAGAAAUCGUCGAAGCUAGUAGAGUUCGAUUACCCAAUCCAAAUCCGCCCAUCGGAAAAACAACUUUUCACAAGAUUGAGCUAGCUGUGCCCGACGACAUAAUUGAAUACCUGAAUACGCUCUCCACAAGUGCCAAAGUCGAAAGUUCUCAUCGUGAAUUUCAAAGAUUGACUGGCGCGGGGUCUUGUAGGUAUAUUCCGGAUAAGAGUGUUCUUUGUCUUAUUUCACAAAAUGAGGAAACGGUUAAGAAGGUCAAUUUGCUGAAAGAAAUGCACUUUAGAUCGCUGUCUCAAAAAGCACUACUACUAAAAAAGACCGAAGAAGCUGCAAAGCAAUUAGAAAAUAUUCGAAUGCACACCGGUGGAAAUUUCACGGAGGAAUUUCGAGUAAGAGACGACUUGAUGGGACUAGCAAUUGGAAGUGGCGGGUCUAACAUCCAACACGCUCGUAGGGUGGACGGAGUUACCAAUAUAGAAUUGGAAGAACACUCGUGCACAUUUCGAAUCUUUGGAGAGUCGGAAGAAGCAGUUAAAAAAGCGCGUAGUUUACUAGAAUACAACGAAGAACCAAUUCAAGUUCCAAUCCCCUUGGUUGGAAAGGUCAUAGGCAAGAAUGGUUCUAUUAUUCAAGAGAUCGUUGACAAAAGUGGGGUCGUCAGAGUCAAGAUUGAAGGCGAAAACGAACCCAACCCCACAAUUGUCCGCGAGGAAGGAUCGAUUCCAUUUGUUUUCGUCGGAACUGUUGAAAGUAUUGCUAACGCCAAGACAAUUCUGGAAUAUCAUCUUAGCCAUCUAAAGGAAGUAGAGCAGCUCCGGCAAGAAAAACUGCAAAUAGAUCAAGAGCUUCGAAGUUACCACGGCCCCACGUCUGUAAGUAGCAUGCAUUUUCCAAGCCGUAGAACGGACCGGCCUUAUGGAGAUAUGGACGGCAUGGGAGGAGGUCGAGGUCGUGGUAGUCGUGGCGGAAGUCGCCCACCACGAGGGGCUGGAGGACGAGGAGUAGGCCGGGGGUUUGGAAACACUGGAAACUUUCGUCCUCGCUUUCCUAAUGAUCGAGAGCCUUCCAAUUAUUCAAAUUUUGUCUCUUCUAAUGGCCACGGUUAUUCGAAUGGUUCUCGACAAAGCACACCUGGCGACAUUGACGAGAGGGUUAAUGUUAAUGGAGGACGAGACCGUGGAUUCCGAGGAGGAAGAGUGGGAGUCGGAAGUGGAGGUCGAGGAGACAGAGGUGCUAGCAGUGGACCUUUCCGACGAGGGGACGGUGGUCGUGGUAAUAGACGCAAUAAUGAUCAGGACUCAAGGCGACCUCGAGGACAAAAUGAUGACUCCUCAUUUGAAGAUAGUUCUGCUGCUGAAAAUAACGUGACUGAUCGACGAGGUGAACGGGGUGUUGUUAUCGUUGGAAAGAAAACAGGUGCGGGAGGAGAUCAGCCAUCUUCUGUUGAAGGAUUGUCGCUGAAGUCCAGUUCAACAUCUGUGAAUUCGCUAUCGCAAGCCAACAAUAAUUCAGUUCAGAAUCAGAAUGGCGUCCGACCCACAACAUACAAUAACAACAAGUUUGUAAAUGGUGCGAAUGUUGGGGAUCAAAAUCGAAACUCAAGGAAUUCGUCUUCCACCAAGAUAUCAUCCACCACUACAACUAUUAUCAACAAUGCGAAGCACGCUUCUACUUACGCCGAUAAAGCAAAAUCCAGGCCGAUUGUUAAUCAUUGGCCUUGUGAAUAAUUUUCUAUUUCUUUGCUCUUUAGUGCUGUUUUCAAAACUCGAAUAUUUUUCUCUUUCAAAAAGUAUUUAGUUUUAGCUGUAACCAAAAUGUUCUUUUAGCUUUUCUUCUCGUACUCUCUGAAUACCAUACAAGUGAAUUUGGUGCAUUUACAACUACACCCACUACUACCACAGUACUUAUUAACUUGAGAACAGAUCAAAAUUUGAAAGAAAUCAUUUACGCAGAUCUUAUUAUUGUUAAUAUUAUUAGUAAUUUUCUGUAUUAAGUAUUACUACUAAAAUUAAGCAUACAAUUUGAUUGUUACUACAUUACAUAUCCCUGUGUCAAACUAUUUAAUUUCAAUGUUAGUAUUUUCCACGAACCCUUAUAAUAAUAUUUACCCAAACCUAUUAUUUCUACUAUUUUUAUUUCAUUCAAUCGAAUCUAUCGAAUGGUUGGUUGGUCAAAAAUAUUGUCGAAACGAGAUAAAUACACAAUACAACAUCACCUUAUUAUUAUUCCGAAA